CCGAUGAGUGCACAAAAACCAAUAAAUUGUCAGAAUGGUCAAAUAAACUUUGUAGAAAUGACGAAAAAUAUUCCUUCCCCACAGGAAGAAUAUCCUCGUUCGUCUCCCUCCUUUGUUCAAAAUGGUCAAAAUAUUCAGAAAACGAAUAAACAACAGACAAUAGUUGAACAAGAUCCACAGCCACAGAGGCAAUAUUACCAACUUGUUCAAAUUCCCGCUGAAUCAGCUCAAAUGCUAGGGGUUGACCCUUCCUCUUUUAUAGGCAAUGAAAAAAGCCUUCAACAACAACCUCAACAACAUUAUGUCCUUCAAUUGCCUCAAGGAAUACAUUUGGCUAAUAAUCAAAGCGGUGAAGGAAUAUUAAAUACUUCAAAUAAUAGUAAUGACCAGCACUUUACAUUUUCAUCAGGGCAGCAAGCAAUGAUGCCUUUUCAAGUGAUGAGUCUUGGCGACGGAAGUACUGCACUCAUACCAUUGGGCACAUCAAUUACUGGUGGACAGUUUUUUCCAUCCGCUUUAAAUAAUAAUUUUACUGAAAAUAAUAACAAUGUUCCCACAACUUGUGAUCAACAACAACAACAUACAAUUGUUAAUGUUCCUUCAACUUCUUUUGAUUCAAUUGAACAAAAUGAAUAUUUUAUAAAUAAUGAAUCUAUAAAUAGCCAAAUUUCAACAGAUCAAAUAGAACCAAUUUAUGUUAAUGAGAAACAAUAUAAUAGAAUUUUAAAAAGAAGAGCUGCUAGAGCUAAACUAGAAAUGGAGGGAAGAAUUCCAAAAGAAAGAAGGAAAUAUUUACACGAGUCAAGACAUCGACAUGCCCAAAACCGAGCAAGAAAAGAAGGUGGAAAAUUUGAUUCGGGUGGUCAACAAAGGGCUGGUUCAUCUGCUUCAGCUGCCAGUUCUUCUGCUCAAUAAUUUAUGUGAUAUUUGUCAAUUGAGAUUUAAAAUUUAGUUU